AUGUCCAUCCAAAUGGAGCAUCCUGCUGCAGGUUACAAGAAACUGUUCGAAACUGUGGAGGAACUUUCCUCCCCACUAACAGCUCAUGUUACAGGCAGACUUCCCUUGUGGCUCACUGGCAGUCUCCUCCGAUGUGGGCCAGGUCUCUUUGAAGUUGGAUCUGAGCCAUUUUACCAUCUGUUUGAUGGGCAAGCCCUCCUGCACAAGUUUGACUUCAAAGAUGGACAUGUGACAUACCAUAGAAGGUUCAUCCGCACUGAUGCUUAUGUACGGGCGAUGACUGAAAAAAGGAUUGUCUUAACAGAAUUUGGCACCUGUGCUUUCCCAGAUCCCUGUAAGAAUAUAUUUUCCAGAUUUUUUUCUUACUUUCGAGGAGUGGAAGUUACUGACAAUGCCCUUGUUAAUAUUUACCCAGUGGGAGAAGAUUACUAUGCAUGCACAGAGACCAACUUCAUUACAAAGAUCAAUCCAGAGACCUUGGAAACAAUUAAGCAGGUUGAUCUUUGCAACUAUGUCUCAGUCAAUGGAGCCACUGCUCACCCCCACAUUGAAAGUGACGGAACCGUUUACAACAUUGGUAAUUGCUUUGGGAAAAAUUUUUCAAUUGCCUACAAUAUUAUAAAGAUCCCUCCACUGCAAGCAGACAAGCAAGAUCCAAUAAGCAAGUCAGAGGUCGUUGUACAAUUCCCCUGCAGUGACCGAUUCAAGCCAUCUUACGUCCAUAGUUUUGGUUUGACUCCCAACUAUAUUGUGUUUGUGGAGACACCAGUCAAAAUUAACCUGUUCAAGUUCCUUUCUUCAUGGAGUCUUUGGGGAGCCAACUAUAUGGAUUGCUUUGAGUCCAAUGAAACAAUGGGGGUUUGGAUUCAUGUUGCUGACAAAAAAAGAGGAAAAUACCUCAAUAAUAAUAAAUAUAGGACUUCUUCUUUUAACCUCUUCCAUCACAUCAACACCUAUGAAGACAAUGGAUUUCUGGUUGUGGAUCUCUGUUGCUGGAAAGGGUUUGAAUUUGUUUAUAAUUACUUAUAUUUAGCCAAUUUACGUGAGAACUGGGAAGAGGUAAAAAAAAAUGCCAGAAAGUCUCCCCAACCUGAAGUUAGGAGAUAUGUACUUCCUCUGAAUAUUGACAAGUUUGUUCCAGACAGGCUCUGUAAGCUGAAUGUCAAAACUAAAGAAACUUGGGUAUGGCAAGAGCCUGAUUCAUAUCCAUCGGAACCCAUCUUUGUCUCUCAUCCAGAUGCCAUGGAAGAAGAUGAUGGUGUGAUUCUGAGCAUAGUGGUGAGCCCUGGGGAAGGACAAAAGCCUGCUUAUCUCCUGAUUCUGAAUGCCAAGGACUUGAGUGAAGUUGCUAGGGCUGAAGUGGAGAUUAACAUCCCUGUCACCUUUCAUGGACUGUUCAAAAAAUCCUGA